GAGAGAACUCUGAUUCUUCGUAAUCGUCAUAGUCAGUCCUUCUGGGCCUCUGCUGAACAAACGGCCUUCUGCGUGGGGGUCUCACUGAAGGAUACAGAGAGGGAGGGAAGCACGGGAUGGGACGCCAAUAAUGGCCAGGUCAAACAGUGAAUGACUAGUGAAAAGUAGAGAACUGAUCAAUGCGAUGGGUAACUCAGAAGUUUGAAAAGGAAACUCACUUUGUUCUUGUGACCCAUUGUACGGUCUCCAAGACUUUGGCUUAUAUUUGGCACCAGAACUCCCCCAACUAUCUUGGUCUGAUCCCACAGUGCCCUCUCUCCAAGGUUUCUCUGUGAAACAUGACAAUUUCACAAUCGCAAACUAACAUUUGUAAUGAAUGACAUCGGAGGAUUAAAAGUAAAACACUAUUUAGAAAGGGACAUUUUCAGACUAUGUCAAGAAAUUGAAAGAAUCUUACCAUUAUAAGGCCUACAUGGGGCAUUUCUUGGUCCUCCUUUCCCUUUAUGCUUGUCAGCUUUGACAGUAGCUUUGUGGUCCUCACAGCAGUCAAAACUCCAGAGGUAACCGUGCUCCUGCUCUUCAUGACAGAUUACUUCAUGGUGGUCCUCACAGCAGCCCCUCUUUGGUUUACUGUUAGGAAACUGGCGAGCAGAGGGCUGAGGCACUCUGUUAGGGUGAUGUGGUUUCUUCACAGGCACCUGACAGGCGCUCAACAGCUCCCCUCCCUCCUCAUUGUAGUCAUCUUCCUCCGUUUCCUCCCGCUCCACAUAAUGGCAUGGCCCUUCUGAUUUGCCUGGCCUCGACUCUUCCGCCAGGCUCAGGCCACAGCUGAGACAGGUCUUAGAACAAGCUGCAAAACUUUCCUCUACUGGGUUGGAUUGAGUUGGUACGUUUUCCUUACCAGAGAGAUCAGGUGUGUCGCAGGCUGCCUCGGCUAGCUUGCCGCCUCCCAUGUACACGUGACCACCAGAGAUCAGGUCAACGUCUUCGACAUCAGUGGAGAAGAGCUCGUCUCUGGAGGAGAGCUCGUCUAUGGAUGGGCUGAGGACACUCUGGCGCUCCUGGGCCACUUGUGGGUAGUAGCUAUAGUAGUAGGCACUCCCAAGCGUGGACAGAUUGCUUUGUGGUGGAGGCACCAGACUGGAUGCAGCAGAGUCAACAUACCACAGUGGAUCGUCCAGCAGCAUGCCUGUUACCUGAUCACAGGGCAGCCUGAGGAUUCUGUAAGGCAAGUCCUCUGCCUUGGAGGCUAGACUUUCUAUAGGGUCCUUCAGCUCAGAGGCCAAGUGGGAUGGAAUCAGAACCUUGUCACAAUCUUGUUCUGGAGCCAGACAGUCAAGUGAGUGGUGGUCAUGUGAAGCCCCAUUCAGUUCAAGGCUCUGUGUCAAGGCCCCAGAGUCAUGUUUUACAUCCUCUGGAGGAUCAGGAUGUUCUCUGGACUGUCCCUCUAUCCCAGGUUCUUCAGUAUUCAGGCAGAGCUUCUCAGAGUGGUAUUGCUGCCUAGACUCCUCCAGACUCUCCUCCUCAUGGACAGAAGAGCUGUCAAUGGGCAGCACCCCAGAGCCCAGGGACCAGCAAUCCUGCUUGGCCAGCUCCUCCAGGCAGCUGUGGCUGGACUCUGCAUCAUAGACCGCCGCUGUAAUAGUAGAGUCACUGAAUACGCUGCUGGCCAGAGGAGAGUCCCUCUGCCUCCCCUUACCCUGCUGGGGUUGUCUUUGUGUCAGAGGUCUCGACUCCAGUUCCCUACCCUGCCCACAGAAGUCUUCCACAUUCCCAGAGGAAGAUAUGGUCAUCCCACAGGAAGAGAUGGUUGUCUCAGAGGUUAGGGACCCUAGGUCAGAGUUAGGGUUUAGCUCACUGUCUUCAGGUGGCUUCUCACUGGUUCUGAGCCUGUCCAGGCUGUCGAUCAGCUUGUGGACCGCAUCGCUCGGAUCGGUUUGAACCUCAGAACAAGCGGUCUCUCGCCGAACGCAGGCCUGUUGCUGGUAGUGGUGGCGGAACUGGACGUCGUAGGUCGCAGAGGAGAUGUGGGGGUUAAACACCCUACUGUAAUCAACAGGCUGCAUCGGAGCCUGUGGAACCACAUAUCCCGGAUACUGCAUACCGGUAUAUGGAUAUGGAGCCAUAUAUGGACGUCCAUAAGGAAUAACUGGAAAUUCAAAGACAAUAUUAUAAGUUGUAUAAGAAUUAUCAUUUUAAAUAAACAAAUGAUUUGAUAUUUUAAAGAUUUUAGAAAAAUUUGUGCCAUUGUACCUGAUGGGGGAAGACCAUACUGGCCAUAUGGAUUGAUAUUCCAUUGAUACAUAUUAUAAUAAGGUUGAGUUGGUGGUUGAACAUAGAAAAAUGGUCUUGUGUGAUUAGUUGGAUGGUGCGGUUGCCCAACUCCCAUUGAGUGUGAAGGGUUAUUCAUAUCUGAAACAAAGAGAAAAUAAAUCAGUUGAGAUGUUUCAGUUGAUCAAAACCAGUAACCUAUUAAAUAACAAUCACCUUCCAUUGCUUGGUCAGAGCUGAAAGAUACAGCACAGGAUAUUAUACACCGCAAUUCUAGUGCAAAGAGGAAACAAAAAGUUAACGUAAACCUACACACAUCAUUAGAUCUCAAAUCUGUGUUGAAACUGGUAGUGUGCUGCAGAGGCUAUGCCUUCCAUUCAAAUAAGGCAACGAUCUGACUGCAUCCAUGAACAACAAUAAAUAAGUAUUAUGCAAUUACAUUAGAGUUAUACACAUGAAAAUGAUGUGGGCAAAAAUGUAUAAGGACUUACAUGUGACCGUGAUGGUCAAAAGAAAACCGUGAGACCGUAGGCGUGCACGAAACGAGCGCAACACAAAACUCUCCCUUUCUUCACCCUCUCCAUCAAAUUUAUCACCUACAGCGCGUGCAACACGCGCGCCCCACACCAAUUAGUGUGUAAUCAACUGAAUAUCUUUCAGGUGAGCUGACAGGCAAAUUAGGCAAUUAGUCAUUUUCACCACAAGGUGACACCAAAACCUCACAAAUCAAUGUACUGCACUGCAGCUUUGCGACGUUUCCUCAGUCCAAGCCAUAUUGGCUCCCAUGAUCUCUGUUUGAGAAUGAGGUUUUGACACACAAUGGCGAUGAAUGGGGGUUCGUUUCUUUGCGCAAAGCAGAAUACGGCAUUUUUCUCACGCGGUUGUUUACGUUCAUAGCUAGUACUGUAGCUAGAUUUUACUACUUGUUUUAGAAUUUAAAUUGAUAUAAAAAAUAAAAAAUACAUGUUUUUAUCGGACAAAUCUGUAUUGAGGUGCGUGACAUGGUGUUUUGAAAACACCUGCUUUUGAAUUAAUUGCCAUCUCAUCGUGAUUCAAAGGCUGUCGCUGCAGACAGUUGAACGAAAACACUGGGUAAGCAGAUAGCUUAUAUGACAGUAUUUCAACAUAGGUAGAGAUAUAAUUUCCACUUCAACUUUUAGUUAACUAGUAAUUGUGUUGUUGGAAAUAUAGAGUACUGCAGAUGCAGUAAAAGUAUCUGGUGGCUGUGUGUGUCCCUUGAUAUGACAGCCUUGUGAUUGAACAGCCACACACUGUCAGGACUUACAGGUAACCUCUUAUGAAUGGAUGUCAGUAAGGCAAGCAUCUUGCCCCUGCUCAUCAAUGCCUGUGGUGUGGCAGUGCCCUCAAUGAUUUGCUAUCUGAUCUGUAUGAUGAUGAUGAUGACUGAUGUCUCUUUUCCAGGAUGGCUAGUACCCUUUCAGACCAGCUAGAGGACAUACGAUGCCAUGCGGAAGCCUGUCUGUAUUCCACUGGCUCAGUGCUGGAGGUCCGUGCAGGAAUAUCAGCCAUGGCCAACAUACCCUUACCACCGUCAGUCAAAUACUGCUACAUUGCUGCUGAGACCAUGAUAAUUGAAAACGGCGUCAAUAACAACAGGCAAGAAGUGAGUUAGUUUGCGUGUGCUUGAAACAGUAAACAAUGUCCAUAUCACAAUUACAUAAUCACCUUCACUUAGUCUGCAUCUUGGAAUACAGAACUCCUUUUUCCUCUCUCUCUCUCUCUCUAUGCAUUGUGCUCAUAUUUCUGUUCACUGUCUAUUCUUUUCUCAACCUUUCUGUAUCAACCCUUUUUGUCUUUGUCCUCUCUCCUGCCAGACCAUAGGUUCUCUGCAGAGAUUGUCCACAGCACUGAACAUUCUGGAGAAGUAUGGCUGUAACCUCACCAGCUCCAGUAGGCCCAAGUACUGGCGCACUGUCAAGCACAACAACCCUGUCUUCAGAGCAACAGUAGAUGCAAUUCAGGUGAGGCUCUUCAAUACAGGCAGGUGAGAUUCUGGGUGAUUAUAUGUAGUCUACUGUCUUGUCACUAUAAACUUAUUGGCAUUAUGUUGAUAUAGGCCUAGUUCAAUAUGAGUCUAUAGCGUACUACCUUGUUGAUCAAGUUAAUUGUGGACACACCACAACACUAACGUUAUGCCAACAGUAUUGCAUAAAACCCUCUAUCUCCUUUCCUCUCCUCUGUUCUACCCCAGGGAGGAAGGGCAGUGCUCGGUCUCUAUGGUUACUCCAAUCAGCAGCCAGAUGGCCUGAGUUUCCCUGAUGAGGUCGUGGAGCCUGACAUUGAGAAGGUCGCAGCGGUCACCUUGGAGGUCAUGAGUCUACGCAUGGAACUGGACAUGCUCAUCAAGGUCUGGACCAAUGGCAGGUAUUCUGAAAUAUUUCAGAGGUUUCUAAAAUCAGUUGUACUACUGAGUCGUUGUUGAUGUUUUCACAGGAGGCUCACCCCCACCCAGAGUUCUUUGAGAGAAUUAUCCCAUCACUGAACCAAAAGGUAUUUUUCCUUUCUCCCAUAACCUGUCCUCUUCCUCUCUGCCUUCUCCAUGUGUUUUUGUUGUUGUUCACCCUAAUUGCCUUUCUCUACUUCAGGCAGUUUUUAUAUUUGUGUGGUUUUGUGCCUGGUAGUGCCCACCACCAUCAGAUGACGGAAUUCUCAAUUAUGAUUCCAGGAUGACUUCGGACCCAUUUCUGAUGCGGUAGCUAUUCCCUCCAGCCUGAGAGAGAGCCAGCCCCUAUACAUGUCUCUGGCCUCCCUGUCUCAGUCUUCCACUAGUGCCUUUCUUCCAGUACGGACCGCUAACGCCUCAACUUCCACCUCCAUCUCUACCAGACACACAGGUUAGGUGUGUGUGUGUGUAUUUCUUACAUCUGAAACUUGCAUUUCAACUUUCCUUGUUUCUCUUCCCCUUUGCAGACAACUGCACUAUCUGUGCUAUAUUUCCAGUGGCUGCCCACUGUAACUCUUGUGUCCAAUGGCUGUGUACGGAAUGUGAUAGACUGUACCACUUUUCUGCAGAACGAGCCAAUCACCACAGGACUGUCGUGACAUCCUCUAAAAUGCGAAAGAACCACAGGUAAGACAUGACAAAAUAGAAACCGACAGUAAAGGGAGAGAAUCUAUACAUUUUCAAAGGUGGUGAUUAUUGCUGAAAUGCAACUCCCUGUGUGUUGGGCACUAGAUUCACUUCCUCUCUCUCUCUCUCCCAGCAGCUCCCUCCCGUCAUGGCACUGUACCCAUUGCAACAGGGUCAACUCCAACCAGGACAUACUGUGUGAAACGUGUGAGAGACCACGCCUGGCCUCCUCUGGUUCUGCUAAGAAUGAGUUCCCACAGCCCUCCACCAUCACUGGUCAGUAUACACACACACCCAACCAACAAUGUUUGUUUUAAUAGUGGUGGUUUGCCUUUUUUGCAGUCCAUCAGUCUCACUCCUCUGUAUUUCUUUGUUUACUUGGUAUACUUGUUUAUUGUCUGAAAAUGGAAAGACACUCUUGAUAUAUAUAAGCUGUUGUUGAGUUAAUAUUCACCUCUUCCAUAGCCCUGUGUUGAGUGUAUUUUCACUAUGUACAGUACCAGUCAAAAGUUUUAGAACACCUACUCAUUCAAGGGUUAUUUUCUAAAUUGUAGAGUAAUAGUGAAUAAUGGAAUCAUGUAGUAACCAAAAAAGUGUUAAACAAAUCAAAAUAUAUUUUAUUGAUUCUUCAAAGUAGCCACCCUUUGCCUUGAUGACAGCUUUGCACACUCUUGGCAUUCUCUCAACCAGCUUCAUGAGGAAUGCUUUUCCAACAGUCUUGAAGGAGUUCCCACAUAUGCUGAGCACUUGUUGGCUACUUUUCCUUCACUCUGUGGUCCAACUCAUCCUAAACCAUCUCAAUUGGGUUAAGGUUGGGUGAUUGUGGAGGCCAGGUCAUCUGAUGCAGCACUCCAUCACUAUCCUUCUUGGUCAAAUAGCCCUUACACAGCCUGGUAGGUGUGUUGGGUCUUUGUCCUGUUGAAAAACAAAUGAUAGUCCCACUAAGCGCAAACCAGAUGGGAUGGCGUAUCGCUGCAGAAUGCUGUGGUAGCCAUGCUGGUUAAGUGUGCCUUGAAUUCUAAAUAAAUCACAGACAGUGUCACCAGCAAAGCACCCCCACACCAUAACACCUCCUUCUCUAUGCUUCACGGUGGGAACCACACAUGCGGAGAUCAUCCAUUCACCUACUCUGCGUCUCACAAAGACACAGCGGUUUGGACUCAUCAGACCAAAGGACAGAUUUCCACCGGUCUAAUGUCCAUUGCUCGUGUUUCUUGGCCCAAGCAAGUCUCCUCUUCUUAUUGGUGUCCUUUAGUUGUGGUUUCUUUGCAGCAAUUCGACCAUGAAGGCCUGACUCACACAGUCCCCUCUAAACAAUUGAUGUUGAGAUGUGUCUGUUACUUGAACUCUGUGACGCAUUUAUUUGGGCUGCUAUCUGAGGUGCAGUUAACUCUAAUGAACUUAUGCUCUGCAGCAGAGGUAACUCUGGGUCUUCCAUUCCUGUGGCGGUCCUCAUGAGAGCCAGUUUCAUCAUAGCGCUUAACGUUUUUUGCGACUGCACUUGAAGAAACUUUCAAAGUUUUAGAAAUUUUCCGGAUUUACUGACCUUCAUGUCUUAAAGUAAUGAUGGACUGUCGUUUCUCUUUGCUUAUUUGAGCUGUUCUUGCCAUAAUAUGGACUUGGUCUUUUACCAAAUAGGGCUAUCUUCUGUAUACCACCCCUACCUUGUCACAAACACAACUGACUGGCUCAAAUUCCACAAAUUAACUUUUAACAAGGCACACCUGUUAAUUGAAAUCCAUUCCAGGUGACUAUCUCCUGAAGCUGGUUGAGAGAAUGCCAAGAGUGUGCAAAGCUGUCAUCAAGGCAAAGGGUGGCUACUUUGAAGAAUCUCAAAUAUAAAAUAUGUUUUGAUUUGUUUAACACUUUUUUGGUUACCACAUGAUUCCAUAUGUGUUAUUUCAUAGUUUUGAUUUCUUCACUAUUAUUAUACAAUGUAGAAAAUAGUAAAAAUAAAGAAAAUGAGUAGGUGUGCCCAAACCUUUGACUGGUACUGUAUGUCAUCAGAGUGGCAGUGUAAAAGCUGUACAGUGGUGAAUGCAGGCAGUAGUAUCCUGUGUGAGGUGUGUGAGCGCCCCCGCCUGGCCACCAAGCCUCCUGCAACCCCCACACGCCCCCCUCCUACACCCAACCGGCCUUCUGCUCCAGUACUGGGUAUGCCAGGAGACCCAGACAGCCAGGUAAACUAAAGUCAAUGCAGAAGCAGCACAUUUGAGUUGAAAUGAAAGUUUCAGAUUGUGCCUUUAUCACCAUGUAUUACAGUUGAUGUUGUUCCUCUAUUCCUCUGAGUCUCUAAGCUCAUGCCAAUGAUCUCUUCUUUUCCUAUCCUCUAUUGUUUUUUUUGCAGUGGGUGUGUCAGUUCUGUACUUACGUCAAUUACACUCCAGCGUCAGUGUGUGAGAUGUGUGACCUCCCCCGCCCCGAGCCCGCCAAAAUGCGAGUCAAGCUCCACCCUCCGUCCCAGGUCAGAAGGGUCCCUGUGCUGUCCGUCAAACCCAAAGACCCGCCCAUGGAGGACCCUGAUUUGAGGAGACAGAAACGGAUUAGGGAGGAGGGCCUAAAGCUUAUCCAGCUUAUUAGAGUGAGUGAAGGAUUUCUGUUUUAUCUAUAAUAUGGUGUGUAAUCCCAUUACCCCACUACUUGUAAUAUUACAAGCUAUUAGCAAAUUUUAAGAUUAUGAUUCAGAAAAGUCUUUAUUUGUACCAUUGCUGGGCAAUUUGGUUGCAGUACUAUUAAAACAACAGUCUACAGAUUUCAGAAAACAAACGAUGUGUGAAAAUAAGCUAGCAUCCUCUUACUUAUUCAUACAGUGUGGUGAGUAGCAGCAGCUGAGGCCUAGUGAAUAUGUAUGACAGAUUGAUUUCUUUAUUUCUCUCUCUUUUCCUGUCUCUGUUAACUCUUUCUCUAUCUUCCCCUCUGUCUUUCCACCUCCCUCUUUCUCCCUGUCUCUCUCUCUCUCUCUCUCUCUCUCUCUCUCUCUCUCUCUCUCUCUCUCUCUCUCUCUCUCUCUCUCUCUCUCUCUCUCUCUCUCUCUCUCUCUGUCAGGAUGGAGAGAAGAAAGGAGUGAGUCCAGAGGAGGUGUACACAGGCAUGCGCGUCUCUGGAAAUGGAAACACCCUCCCCUGUGAUUGGCUCAAAGCGGAGCUACCUCACCUGCUCGAUCAGAUCUGUGCCACGGCCACUUCGUCUCGAGCAGCACUCCUGAAGACAGGACAGAACCAGAAUGGUAGUGGUACUGCAGAGGAUACAGGUGUGGAGGAAGAGCAGCCCAGAGGGGGGGGGGUGACCCUGUCCAGGGCUGAGGCCAAGUUGGCCUGGCUGUCUGCAGGGGGAGACACUGAGAGAGCAGCGAGACAGGGUCUCAGAGACAGACACGCUAAGGUGAGAGACAGGUCAGAAAGUCCAUUGCCCACUAAGAACUGAUCUAAGGUCAGUUGUACAGUCACUUUUGUCCCCUUUGGUGACAGCUAUGUGCCGGUUUCCCAGACCUAGAUUAAGUCUUGAUAAAACACACUUUCAAUUAAGAUUCUCUAUUAUGAUUCUCUAUUAUAUUAUUAUUAUAUUUUGAGUCCCGAAUUAGGCUUAAUCUUGGUCUGGGAAAUUGGCCCUAUAUGUAGGAGAUUAGCCUUUGAACACUCAAAGAAGGGUUUGGUCUCUCAUAUGCAGGUAAAGGAGCUGUGUUCUCUGGGGUUCACUGACGAGGCGCGGUGUCAGGAGGUUCUGAGGCAGAGCGAGGGAGAGGUGCGGGGGGCUCUGUCUCUGCUGCAGCGACCCCUCAUGGAGCCCUUCCACCAACGCAUGUGGAGCGACCAACCCGAGCCACCUAUCGACAUCAACCACCCCGACAAACAGGUGGGACACUGGGGCUCUGAACUGUAUUAUGUGCUUUAUUCUGCCCAUACAUUUAGCUGAACAUAGAAUAGCUAUAUUGAUGAUAAUGUGCUUACAACUACCACCAUUAGUAAGGUCCACAGAUCACACAUGUACUUCAAUCAUCUGACAAUUGCUUGAUGUCUCAUGUACAUUGAUGUUUUGCAGGGAUAAGCGUUACUUUUGUGUGUGGCAUAUCUCUCCUUUCCUCAUUCCUCUGUAUCAGUUUGUCCACUAAACUGGUCUGAUCUCUCUCUCCUCUCACUCUAACCCCCCUCCACUCCCUCCCUCUUCCCCCUGGGGCCAGCAUGUGUGCCGGAGGCUGCUGGCGGUCUAUGACCUACCCAGCUGGGGCCGCUGUGAACUGGCCCUGUCCCUGCUCCAGGAGCGCACCGCCCCCUACUCCCUGGACGACGUGGUACAGGCCGUACGCGAGUCACAUGACCGAGACUUCAUCCGCCGGGUGCUAGCCAAAGAGUGCCCCAUCUGCCUGUCAGACUUUCCCCACAGCAAGGUACUCUCAAGUCAAGUGUGUGUGCGUCUGUGUGCAUGUCACAGCACAAGCUUAUCUUUGAUUUUGCCGUAUCUAACCCCCAACUCUCCUACUCCUUUCUCUCUUCUCUCUCCUUCCCUGUUUCAGAUGCAGUCUCUGACCUCCUGUCAGUGCUCGGUGUGCUGUGGCUGUUUCCAGCAGCACUUCACUAUCGCAGUGAGAGACAAGCACAUCAGAGACAUGGUGUGUCCCGUCUGCUGGGAGCCUGACAUCAACGACCCCGAACACCUCAACAGCUACUUCUCCACCCUGGACAUCCAGGUAGUACAUCACACAGAGAACAACCUCACACAAAAUCUCCCUCAGAUUCUCUCUUUGAAGAGAGAAGAAACAGAGAGAAAAGACACUAUUCCAGAGGCUUCUCUCCCUUCAAAAAGCAGGUGUUGGUGGUGGUGUCAGAGUAGUCUCACGAGACCAUAGAUUGGUUUUCUCUGUGUGUGUGAUAUUGUGUAUGAUGGUAACACCUGUAAUCAUAUUUUCCUGUGCGUGCAGCUGCGGGAGUGUCUGGAGCCGGAGGUGUAUGAACUGUUUCAUAAGAAAUUGACUGAACAAGCCCUCAUCAAGGACCCCAAGUUCCUCUGGUGUAGUCAUGUGAGUUCUAAUCACAUAAUAUCCUUGAGCGGGUUUUGUAGUUUAUAUUUCCUAUGUGUACAAAUACAGUGGGGAGAACAAGUAUUUGAUACACUGCCGAUUUUGCAGGUUUUCCUACUUACAAAGCAUGUAGAGGUCUGUAAUUUUAUCAUAGGUACACUUCAACUGUGAGAGACGGAAUCUAAAACAAAAAUCCAGAAAAUCACAUUGUAUGAUUUUUAAGUAAUUAAUUUGCAUUUGAUUGCAUGACAUAAGUAUUUGAUCACCUACCAACCAGUAAGAAUUCCAGCUCUCACAGACCUGUUAGUUUAUCUUUAAGAAGCCCUGCUGUUCUCCACUCAUUACCUGUAUUAACUGCACCUGUUUGAACUCGUUACCUGUAUAAAAGACACCUGUCCACACACUCAAACAGACUCCAACCUCUCCACAAUGGCCAAGACCAGAGAGCUGUGUAAGGACAUCAGGGAUAAAAUUGUAGACUGCACAAGGCUGGGAUGGGCUACAGGACAAUAGGCAAGCAGCUUGGUGAGAAGGCAACAACUGUUGGUGCAAUUAUUAGAAAAUGGAAGAAGUUCAAGAUGACAGUCAAUCACCCUCGGUCUGGGGCUCCAUGCAAGAUCUCACCUUGUGGGGCAUCAAUGAUCAUGAGGAAGGUGAGGGAUCAGCCCAGAACUACACGGCAGGACCUGGUCAAUGACCUGAAGAGAGCUGGGACCACAGUCUCAAAGAAAACCAUUAGUAACACACUACGCCGUCAUGGAUUAAAAUCCUGCAGCGCACGCAAGGUCCCCCUGCUCAAGCCAGCGCAUGUCCAGACCCAUCUGAAGUUUGCCAAUGACCAUCUGGAUGAUCCAGAGGAGUAAUGGGAGAAGGUCAUGUGGUCUGAUGAGACAAAAAUAGAGCUUUUUGGUCUAAACGCCACUCGCCGUGUUUGGAGGAAGAAGAAGGUUGAGUACAACCCCAAGAACACCAUCCCAACCGUGAAGCAUGGAGGUGGAAACAUCCUUCUUUGGGGAUGCUUUUCUGCAAAGGGAGAGGACGACUGCACCGUAUUGAGGGGAGGAUGGAUGGGGCCAUGUAUCGCGAGAUCUUGGCCAACAACCUCCUUCCCUCAGUAAGAGCAUUGAAGAUGGGUCGUGGCUGGGUCUUCCAGCAUGACAACGACCCGAAACACACAGCCAGGGCAACUAAGGAGUGGCUCCGUAAGAAGCAUAUCAAGGUCCUGGAGUGGCCUAGCCAGUCUCCAGACCUGAACCCAAUAGAAAAUCUUUGGAGGGAGCUGAAAGUCUGUAUUGCCCAGCGACAGCCCCGAAACCUGAAGGAUCUGGAGAAGGUCUGUAUGGAGGAGUGGGCCAAAAUCCCUGCUGCAGUGUGUGCAAACCUGGUCAAGACCUACAGGAAACGUAUGAUCUCUGUAAUUGCAAACAAAGGUUUCUGUACCAAAUAUUAAGUUCUGCUUUUCUGAUGUAUCAAAUACUUAUGUCAUGCAAUAAAAUGCAAAUUAAUUACUUAAAAAUCAUACAAUGUGAUUUUCUGGAUUUUUGUUUUAGAUUCCGUCUCUCACAGUUGAAGUGUACCUAUGAUAAAAAUUACAGACCUCUACAUGCUUUGUAAGUAGGAAAACCUGCAAAAUCAGCAGUGUAUCAAAUACUUGUUCUCCCCACUGUAUGUUAUAAUAUGUUUGUUUCCAGACAUAAUUUGAUAAUCCCCAUUGAAGCUGUCAUAAAAAAAUCACAGUAAUCACACUUCACUAGCUAAGAAAUGGCAGUAUACAGUGCAUUCGGAAAGUAUUCAGACCCCUUCACUUUUUCCACAUUUUGUUACGUUACAGCCUUAUUCUAAAAUGGAUUAAAUUGUUUUUCCCCUCAUCAAUCUACACAAUACCCCACAAUGACGAAGCAAAAACCAUUUUUAUAAACGUUUGCAAAUUUUUUAAUAAAUAAAAAACGGAAAUAUUACAUUUACAUUACUCAGUACUUUCUUGAAGCACCUUUUGGCAGCGAUUACAGCCUCAAGUCUUCUUGGGUAUGACGCUACAAGCUUGGCACACCUGUAUUUGGGGAGUUCCUCCCAUUCUUCUCUGCAGAUCCUCUCAAGCUCUCUCAGGUUGGAUGCGGAGCGUCACUGCACAGCUAUUUUCAGGUCUCUCCAGAGAUGUUCGAUCGGGUUCAAGUCCGGGCUCUGGCUGGGCCACUCGAAGACACUCAGAGACUUGUCCCGAAGCCACUCCUGCGUUGUCUUGGCUGUGUGCUUAGGGUCGGUGACCUGUUGGAACGUGAACCUGUGUUGUUGGAGACCUCCAAUGCUGCAGUAAUUUUUUGGUACCCUUCCCCAGAUCUGUGCUUCGACACAAUCCUGUCUCGGAGCUCUACGUACAAUUCCUUCGACCUCAUGGCUUGGUUUUUGCUCUGACAUGCACUGUCAACUGUGGGACCUUAUAUAGACAGGUAUGUGCCUUUCCAAAUCAUGUCCAAUCAAUUGAAUUUACCACAGGUGGACUCCAAUUAAGUUGUAGAAACAUCUCAAGGAUGAUCAAUGGAAACAGGAUGCACCUGAGCUCAAUUUCGAUUCUGAUAGCAAAGGGUCUGAAUAUUUACAUAAGUAAGGUAUUUCUGUUUUUAUUUUUAAUAAAUUUGCCAAAACCUGUUUUUGCUUUGUCAUUAUGUGGUGUUGUGUGUAGAUUGAUGAGGAUUUUUUUUUAUUAAAUACAUUUUAGAAUAAGGCUGUAACGUAACAAAAUGUGGAAAAAGUGAAGGGGUCUGAGUACUUUCCGAAUGCACUGUAUAAUCUAAAACAGUUCAUGAACUAUUCCUCCCCUCCCCUUCCUACUGUCAGUGCUCCUAUGGGUUCAUCUAUGAUGGAGACCAACUGAAGGUCACCUGUUUCCAGUGCAGGAACAGCUUCUGUGCACAAUGCAAGAAACCUGUAAGUAACAAACAUCCACUCUGUUCAUGUGUGAGAGAGGGUGACAGAAGAGCAUUUGGGUUUGGAGUGAAGCUGGAGCCUAAUCUGUCUAUUGUCCUCUCUUGUCUCUGUCGCCGUGUGUUCUCUAGUGGGAGUCUCAGCACGGUGGUGUGUCGUGUGAACGGUACCAGUCCUGGAAGAGACAGAAUGACCCAGAGUACCAGAGGCAAGGCCUGGCCGGAUACCUGCGUGACAACGGCAUCAGUGAGUCACACACACACACCUUCUUAAACACCUCCUCCAUUGAGAGCUACUGUAGCGUUUAACCAGGAAAGACAGGUACUUGCAGAGGUGUGAACGGCCAGACACUUUACUAGGUGUUGGGCUGAGAGAGAUCAAAUUGGUCUUACUCAUAGUUCCUCUUCCAAACCAGCACAGUUCAUUAGCAUCAUGAACAGCACUCCCAAAGAGGUACUGUAGGCCUUCUGCAUGAACUAAGCCAGAAGAAUAAGGACAAACCGGACUGUGCCGACGAACAGUUAAAAGCAGCAGGUGGUCCUCCUAUCGCCUCUGACCGCACAGAACAUUGUCCGUCAUUUUCUGUUCAUUUCUCGACAAUUCAUGUUGAAUUGCCACCGUUCAUCGACACUCAGCAGGUGUUCUACUGCACACGUCCCAAUUUCAUUAUGGUGUGUAUUUUCCUUUAGACCCUGUUUUACCAAGUCAGAGCAAGUUAGACCCUUUACAUUAAGUAUUUACAGUCUCUUCCAUGACCUUCAUUUGUGGAAAUUAUUAAAACUUGUUUAGCUUCUUUCCCUGAUGCAUUCUCAUGUGUACUCUCCCAAUACCCGGGAUUCAUUUCCCUGAAUGUACUUACUCUUUCCCUCAGCAUGUCCAAACUGCAGGUUCCAGUAUGCCCUGUCCAAAGGAGGCUGUAUGCACUUCAGCUGCUCCCAGUGCAGGUACCAGUUCUGCAGCGGAUGCAACAACCCCUUCCACACUGUAAGUCCCUUCUUAAAUGGCUUGGUGUGUUUGUGUUGUUCAUUUGUACGUCAUCGAUUGUGCUAGUUCCUGGCAAGGUUUUUCUUAUGGGAAUUGGCUUGAAUGUCGCUUUAAUGUAGGUGUUUGUUUUUCCUUCUCUCUGCCACUCUCUCCCUCUCCUCCUCUCCCACCAUUUCUCUCUUUCUUUUCUCGGUCUCACUCACUCUUUCUCUCUCUGUCUCUCCUUCCUUUUUUCCCUCUCCUCUCUCCCUCCCUCUUCUGUAGACUUGUGCAGUGAUCCAUUGUAGUGUGACAGGCCUGCAUGCCCAUCACCCUCGAGACUGUCUGUUCUACCUGAGGGACUGGGAGCCUGGCAGACUGCAAGCCCUGCUGCAGGUAGAGACGCACACUACACACACACACACACACGGAUGCUCACACACCAUUACAAUCACCAUAACCACGUUAUAGCACCCUGACUCACAUUCACAGUUAUAACUGAUUUUAUUGUACGAAUAUCUGUAGCUGGAUCGCAUUAAAUGAUUGUUUAUUGUUAUUGUCUGUUUGCAGAACAAGAAUGUUGAGUUCAAUACUGACACCCCUCCAGGAACUCAAGCAGGUAAGAUUCUAUCUGUUCUUUCCUUUUUACUUAGAAAAACUGAAAACUGAGAAAUACUAAGAUAUUAUUUUCUCUCUCUCUCAGGGCUGUGCGGAGUGAUAGAGCAGAAGGAUGAGGGUGGGCAGCAGAUGGACUCGGCCUGUGGGGCUCAAACUCAGCCUGGCCAUGCAGGACUCUGCGAGUAUGUCACCUCUCACUGCCACCACCAGCGUUUUUCAAGGACUCAAAGGCGCUUUAGAGAACAACAGAGUGCUCCCAUGAUAAACAUGAAAACAUGCAUAGGUGUAACUAACUGGUUUUUGCCUAAUCUAUUCCAGGAAACACUACAGAGAGUACUUGGUGAGCCUCAUCAACGGCCAUUCCAUCGACCCGGCCCCUCUCUUCAAUGCCAACGAGCUGGUUCUGGCCUGUCGGAGAUACCAAGUGGAUGACGCCCGGGGGGAGAUGGAGGACGACAUGACGUACUAUACUCGAAUACUGGAGGUAAGCUUUGAUGGUCCUUGUGGAGGGAUUUGUGGCUUUUUCCAAAUAUUUAGUCACAUGGUUUAUCAUUUCUAAUCUUAUUUCAGAAACUUAUUGAUGAAGUACCACUUGGAGACAAGGUUCCACGGAAGAAAUGAAAACUGCUUGUUUGUUCGUUUAAGUGUUUUUAGUAUUGGGUGUUGGGAUUUUGACUCAAAAGGCCAUCAAAUGUGUUUGUGUCAAUGUGACUUACACCACACAGCAGAAAGCUAUGCUUAUAUCCCCAUUGAUGUGCUACAGUUAUUUAUGAAUCUAUAUUUGGGCUAAAUGCUCAGUUGCACAUUAAUUUAAAACAGAGAAGUAUGAGAGUGGGUGUGUGGCUCUGUGGGUGGGCGCAUAACAUUUCAAGACUGUGAUAACAGGGUUCCAGCUUCUAUUUAGGCAUCACUUCAUUGCACACAGUCUGUAGGUGCAUGCUCUUAACUGUAUCCUUUUGACUGACGAAAAAGACUUUAAACAGUCAAUAAACCAGUAGGUUUUCACACCAACCCUAGUCUAGCACACCUGAUUCUAAUAAUUAGCUAAAACCU